GCUCAUUCGAUUUAAUAUAAAUCCCCCUAUUUCCAAUCGAGCUCCAUCAUCUACAUUUUAUCAACAACCAUGCCCCUCUAUCCUUUUCAAGCUUUCAUUGUCCUUUCGGCGCUGGUAGCAUCCGCAACUGCUACUGAUGUCAUUACCAUUCCCAUUUUUGGAGUUGAUGGGCCUACGUCUGGGGUUGGACAGGUGGUUGGUUCUUCGGGAUCGCUGACCUCCUAUGUGAUUGAAGGCGUCCCCGCUACCAUCGUCGCCGGACCAUCCGUGUACUACCAAUCUUAUGUCUAUCCGGACGGAGAUCUUAUGUCCCAAAGCUGCACCAUUGCCUCUCCCUCGUCUGUCAGGUGCCAAGUCUAUAUGUCAGACAGUGACUCCGGGUCGGUCAUGGUGUCCCCCGUCCCCGCCAGCCUCCUCAGCAACGUCGGCGACUACGUCGUGACGAUCACCGCUACGAGAACGGGGGAGAACCCAGUGCCCACUGGGGAAACACCCACAAACUGGUCUACUUCCCCAGUAUCGACAACGGCAAAGCCAACGCGGCCUACAGCGGCUAGCCAGACCUCUACACCAACCAGUGAGGUAGCGGCAGAGACUACCUCGUCGAGCGCGAACGCCCAACUGGUAGUGGAUAGGUCCUGGGUUGGAGCGGUGCUGGCGGCAUGUUUGGCUGCUUUUUGAGUUCAUUAUCGAUGGUUAGAAUCAACCUAUUAAGUGAGGAUACAUGAUAAUAUAACUAUCUGUAUAUCUUACUUCCUACGAACGCACCUAUUUAGCUCACCUUUAUCCAAAUCAUUUGCUGCUCAAGGUUUUGAUCGGAUUUAAUGUUCUACCAGCACGUUAGCCUCCACCUCACCACCGUUGUGAAGCAAACCAACACUAUCGGCUAUACGGCCGACGGCCUUAUGCAAGGUGCGCUUACAAUUGUUGUCCUCGAUAGCCAACCCGCAGUCUUUCUUACCGGGGACAACAACAACGACAUUGCAGAGCCAAUGACCAGGCCAAGACGGGCACCAAUAUGGCCCAUAUUUCCCUAGAUUGGACCGUUGUCUCACUUUGUCGAAAAGCAAUUGAAAACAUUCAAUAGGCUGAAUAUGAAGAAUGCAGUACACUGAUUGGCUUGUUCUCCUGCCGCAAUUAGCAAAUACAAUUAUCCUCGUACA